UCAACUUUUUUACUUCCAAGCGACAGUUAGAAAACUUUGAUUUUCAUUUUACAUAGGUGUCUGUUCCACUUCCAUAUCGUUCCAUUUGCCUGAGUGCGAAUUACACCUUUGGCUUUGAUUGACGAUAUCGUUGUUCCCGUGCAAUAUGGAUAACGGUAGUCAGCCGCAGCUCGUCAAUCUGAUCAUCAGCACUACCUUCAAUUCGUUCCAUACUGAACGCCGUUUCUCUACUGAUUACACUGUUGGACAGCUAAAACGUUUACUGGAAGGUCUAACGGGCGCCCAGCCCAGCUCGAUGGUGUUGCAUCUUUUCAACAAAGAUGGUACAGCGGCAGGUGCGAUGCAGUCUGACGAUGUCCAACUGGGCUCUCUGAAUUUACACAACGGAAUGACGGUGCAGGUCAGUGAUCCGACUGUUCGGGUUGGAGAAUUCGAGGAUGUGUCCAAAGUUAAAAAGUUUGAGCUGAGCGAAGAGGAGUAUGCUAAUCGCGCAGAAUCUUUGCGGGCUUUUAAGCAACGGCAUAAAAUGGGCCAAUUUGACGAGAAAGAGAAAGAAUUAAAGUCAGAAAGUGUCCAGAAGAAAACGUCGGAGCAGCAAGCCUUGGCCGAUGCCAUAACCGUCGGCAGUCGCUGUUUGGUUACCGUAGCGGAUCAGCCGAAAAAGCGCGGUGUCGUCCUUUUCAAAGGAUCUACGAAAUUCAAGCCAGGCAUCUGGGUCGGUGUAAAGUACGAUGAACCACUAGGGAAAAACGAUGGAAGCGUGGACGGACAUCGGUAUUUUGAAUGUGCCCCGAACUAUGGUGCCUUUGUUCGACCGGAUAGUGUUCAAGUCGGAGAUUUUCCCGAGGAGGAUUUUAUGAAUGAUGAACUGUAAUGCGGAAUGGAUUUUUAUUUUAUUGGUGAUUAGAAUAACUGCUUUGGAAUCUUUCGGGUUGGUUCGGAUCUCAUCAGCGUUAUGAUGGUAUAAAAUUUCCUUUUGAAGUUACCAACUACCAGUUUUCAGAAGUUUUUUUUGUUUUAUAAGCAUGUCUUCCUCAGUUUUAUCAUUCAUGUUCUAUUGCGUAAAAAGGUGAGGCUGUGUACAGUCGCAUUCCGAUGAAUUUAUUUUUGA